AUGUCGAUUCGCUUCCAUCGUGGGCCCAAGCUGCUGACGAUCUUCCACGAUCCCUCCUCUCGCGCUUCUUCCCAGGUUCUCUCGCUCCUCCAGGCUCGCCGAGCACCUCCUGUGCUGCUCCCUCCCAGCCAAGGCCAGUCGCAGCAGCAGCAGCAGCAGGCUCCCAAAGGGCCAGCGCGCGAGUACCUUGAUCGAGCGACAGAGCACGAGCUCGACCACCCGCUCUUUGAGCUCGAGGUCCGUUCCUUCCCUGAUGAGAGACCGACGGCAGAGCAGUGGAAUCUCAUGGGCGAGUACCUCGACAAGCGUAGAAGGACCGACGUCGAGCUACUCAAGGGCGAGCCCGGUCCCUUUGUUGUCGACUGGGAAGGUGGCGCCGUCGAGAGAGACGAGGAGGGUGUCAAAAAACUCCUCGAUCGACUUCAGAAGGAGCAAGAGUCUGGCAAUAAAGGAACAGGUGCUGGCUCAGGCUGUAUCAUCUCCUGA